UUACUAGACUACAUAAUAUCAGUUAGGGAAGUUUGUCUGUGGUAGCUUGCUUGCAUCGUCAGAAUAAAAGCAGAGCUCAAAGUGCCCAGGAUAUUACCUUCCAAAAAGGUCUGAAGAAUAUCCAGAAUGAAUCAAGCUGAGGAAAGCAGGAUCCACGUGACAUGGAACACUGUGAAGCUGGUAGUUUGCGUGAUACUGAGCCUGUCAUUUAUUAUUGGGACUCCUGGGAAUUGCAUUGUCAUCUGGACUGUUUGUACUAAAAUGAAACAAGUGUCUCCUUCAGUCCUGCUGAUCUUGAACCUGGCCAUUGCAGAUAUCCUCGUACUCAUUACUUUGCCUAUCUGGAUUUACUCCUUUGCUGACUCAUGGGUUUUUGGAAUAACCUUCUGCAAAAUACUGGUCUUCAUUAUUUACUGCAGCAUGUAUGCUAGUAUAUUUCUGAUUACAGCACUGAGCUUGGAGAGAUUAAUGGCUGUCUUUUACCCUUUUGCUGUUCAAAGAUACAAAACGAAGGAAAAGACUACUAUAAUCAUGGUCUUCAUUUGGUUCCUGUCUAUAGCUUUUGGUGUUUCUAUUAUUCCAUUUCAAGAGACGGAUGUAAUCAAUGGUGGACAGCAAUGCACGUGUCGCAACUACUCUUCUAUUAAACAGAAAGUGUCGUAUCUUUUGCUGGAAACUCUUGUAGGUUUUGUAAUUCCUUUUUUAAUUAUAUGCAUCUCUUAUGUGUGUGUUGCAAAAAGAAUAAGCAAAAUGACUUACCAAUCGAAGCAGCGAUCAGAGCGGCUGAUUGCCAGCAUUGUGGUGGCAUUCAUUUUAUGCUGGUUCCCUCACCAUCUUUUCAACAUCCUAGAUAUUAUUUUAAUAGAGAUAGAGCACUCUGAGGAAACGUAUUUGACUCUGGAAAUAAUUAUAGACAUAGGAGAGUAUAUCUCUGGAGCACUUGUGUUUGUCAGUAGCUGCAUUAAUCCUCUACUUUAUGCUUUUGCUGCACGGAAAUUUCAGAAUCACCUGAGAAUUGCCAAGAUAUCAAAACUCUUUGAACAGAUGAGUCAGACUGUGACAGACGAAGACAAGAAAAAGAGUCAUUCCGUAGCCAAACCAGAGACUGUUUCAGUAGGCAUGGAAAAUCUCUAACAAAGAACAUCAACUUAGUAAUAAUGGGGCUCUGGGGCGUCCACCCAGUAGUUCUUACAUGUAGAGACAAGUAAAUGUUAUUACAGCUUUGUACGUUUUAAAAGAGGUGUCACUAACAACCUUGUUUGGUUCCUAAGCUGGAAUCCACAUCAUGAAAUCAGGCACUUCAGCGAUGCUGAGAACCUCAUCAAGGUGGCUGCAAGUUUGAAGUGUAAGAAAUGCAGCAUUUUUACUCUGCAGUAGAAUGAUGAUUUUUAGAAAACAAACAACAUUUACAUGGAAAACCACAUCUGGAAAUUUAAAACUUAAUUGCUUUUGUGGAGCAAAACCUGAAGUGGUAAAAAAAUCACAGAGACGUAUAAUCUGAAGUUCUAAGUGAGCAAGCUUGGAUUCUUAUUAAGCAUAAGAAUGGAUUUCAAGAUAAUUAGCAGCACAUAACAUUUGUGGGUAGAUGGAAAACAGAGGUAUUUUUAUACAGGACUUCAUUUAUGUUUAAAAGUAACAAGGGUUGUUUGUUUAUACAGCUUUCUUUACAGAAGAAUCUUAUGUUAAUGUUAUGUAAAGUAUUAGGUAUGGCAUACAAUAAAUCUGUGUUUCAUGACAGUUACAGACCUCAUGCUUUACUUGAUUUCAUUUUAAAUUGCGUAAUUUAGUGGCAACUAAACUAUUGAUGUAUCUACUAUAUCUAUAUAGUAAACUAUUGAUAUAUCUUCUAUAUCUAUAUAGUAACUAAACUAUUGAUAUAUCUACUGUAUCUAUUCAUAUUAUGAGUAUUCUCAAAUAGUUUGACUCAGUUACGCUCACAAGAUGUCUGUUAAAGUUCUGCAGGAAUUUAAUCAAAGCCUACAGCAGGGGAAGGAGAAAUCACUGAGAUUGUUUUACAUGUAAGAAUGUUAUGGCAGUAGUAGAAAGUGCCCUGAGAAUUUCACCUUGCACAUAAAAGCAUUUAUUUUCCUCUUAUAGAAUAGAGUAGAACUUGCUUUAAAGAAGCAAAUAAAUUUAGGACUUGCAAGGAAUUUACUUGUCUUUUGUGCAUGCAAAAAUGUGAAAAGGCUGUGUGGCACCAAAUGUUUACUUUCAAUGAGCAUUUUUAAUUUCUGUUGUGCUUGCCAUUUUUUAUACUUACUUUUGAUUAUUUUUUUAAUCAAUGAUUUGUAGUAAGAUGAAGAUAACUACUGACUACUAAGAUUUACUGUUGCUAUCGUAGUAUUCUGUAGAUUGUGUUUUGGACAGCUGCAAAUAGUUUUGUAACUGAUGUUUACAAAGAAAUUGUGGAGGACUAACUAGAACUUCAUUUUCAAGAGCUAAUUAUUUAACAGACAAGGAAAUCUGAGUUAUAUCAAUUUAGCUUGUGAACUGGAAUAACACAGGGAAAUAAAAUCCUUGUAUGUUAAUAGAAUAUUUCUAAU